AUCUUUUAGCGGAGAAGGUGAGUUUUGGCAACGAAAUUUUGAACAGGCGCUUCUGGGACAGCUAUCGGCAGGGGUCUUUUCAUCGUCGACACCGGAACAGCACGUGAACAAAGGUCACGAUGGGUCGCUCCUCCAAAGACAAGCGGGACAUUUACUACCGUCUAGCCAAAGAAGAGGGCUGGAGAGCGAGGAGCGCCUUCAAGCUGCUGCAGCUCGACCAAGAGUUCAACCUGUUCACCGGUGUGAACAGAGCAGUAGAUCUUUGUGCAGCUCCUGGCAGCUGGAGUCAGGUCCUCAGCCGGAAACUCAGAGGGCGGGAGGAGAAGGGUGAGAGUGGGGACGGAGGUGAGGAGGUGAAGAUCGUUGCGGUUGAUCUGCAGGCCAUGGCUCCACUGCCAGGAGUCACUCAGAUCCAGGGAGACAUCACAAAGGUGUCGACAGCUCAGGAGAUAAUCCGUCAUUUUGAGGGUCAGCCGGCCGACCUAGUGGUGUGUGAUGGAGCUCCAGAUGUAACCGGACUCCAUGAUGUGGAUGAGUACAUCCAGGCUCAACUCCUAUUGGCUGCUCUGAACAUCACAACUCAUGUCCUGAAACCUGGAGGGACAUUUGUGGCCAAGAUCUUCAGAGGUAAAGAUGUGACUCUGCUGUACUCUCAGCUGAAGAUCUUCUUCAGCGGUGUUACCUGUGCAAAGCCUCGCAGCAGCAGAAACUCCAGCAUUGAGGCCUUUGUGGUGUGUCAGAAUUACUGUCCUCCUGAAGGUUACAUCCCCAACAUGUCCAACCCUCUGCUGGAUCAUUCCUACGAUGUAGACUUUAACCAGUUAGAGGGUCCGAACAGGGUCAUCGUUCCCUUCCUUGCGUGUGGUGAUCUCAGCGCCUACGACUCAGACAGAACCUACCCUCUGCAGCUGGAUGCUGGCAAAGAGUAUCAGUACACCCCUCCCACCCAGCCACCCAUACGCCCCCCUUACCAGCAGGCCUGCCACCUCCGCAAAAACAACCUGCUGUCCAAAGAGGACACUCCGUCCAGCUGUCCCAAACAGUGUCAAGGCGAGGCGGAGCCACCGACUGAGUCCACCUGAUUCAUCUGACUGCUGCUUGAUUACUUGGGGGGGAGAAAAAAAAUACACCAGAUACACCUGCUCAUAAGACAGGGCAGAGUUGUCGAAGAGGAACAGUCCAGCAGUUUUGGGAAAGUGUUUUCUGUCAGAUAAGAAGAUGGAUAUCUGUUUCAUUUCUGCAAUAGGACCAAGACUUGUCAAGCCCAGCCCAGUUCCAUCUGCCUCCAGCCUUUGUGCUGAGCUAGGCAAAACAUGCUUUAGUCUAGAGUAGACCUUUUGCUGAACUGGAGGUUUUUACAAUUGGAGGAGUUCCUUUUUUACUGUUCUGCUUGAUUUAUGUGGAGUAUUUUCUGACCAUCCUGUGCAUAAGGAAUUGUAAAUAUUUUAGGAUUUAAAAAUAAAAGUAAAUUCUUGGAGACAAAUCUG